AGAGGCAGAGGGGGAAGAGCUGGGCAGAAGGCAUUUUCCCAGGUGUAACUCAACCGCUUCCCAGCUAUUGUUUCCCUCCCUGGGAAUGUGUGCAAAUUGAGCAAGGGGCUGUGCAAGCUGCUCAGAGCGCGCCCAUUUUCCUUCCCUUCUUCCCUAACAAAAGCCGCCUCCAAAGCCUGGCGUCAGAGGCUGGACAUCUGUCGCCGUUUGGGGGGGGCGGCUCGGUCAUUGUAAGGAAGCAGUGACCUGUCAGCUUUGAUUGAUGGCCACAAACCUCCGGGCUCGACCCCUCGUGUGGGAAAAGAAGUCCCGCCAAGGCAAGUCCCCUUUCACAUGCUAAUUCUGGGUUAUAAAUACAGCACAGGAGCAGCGGAGCAGCAAAGAGCCCAGCGCGGGAACUGGAGAGACCCACUGCUGACUGCCUCCUGCCCGCCCCAUCCCAUCCUUCCCAGUGCCUGCGUUACAAUGACCGCCACAGCCACCUCCGGCAGCACCCACAAGCUGGCCAGCACCAAGGAGGAGAGGAAGUUACGGAAACCCCUCAUUGAGCGGAAGCGAAGGGAAAGGAUUAAUAACUGCUUAGACCAGCUGAAGGAGACGGUUGUGGGUGCAUUUCACUUGGAUCAGUCUAAACUGGAAAAAGCAGACAUCCUCGAAAUGACGGUGAAGCACCUCCAGAACAUCCAGAGCAGCAAGAUGAUGGCUGACUCCAAAGUGGGUCUGGAAGCCCAGCAGCGGUACAGCACCGGGUACAUCCAGUGCAUGCACGAGGUGCACAACCUCCUCCUCACCUGCGAGUGGAUGGACAAGACCCUCGGGGCGCGCCUCUUGAACCAUCUGCUCAAAUCCUUGCCCAGGUCAGGUGAAGAUGCCUGCAAAGCAGCAUUAAGGUCCUUGAGCCCAUCCCAGCACCCUCUCUUGACAUCAAAAGGCCCCCUGAGCCCUAAGGGGAGCGCUCGGGGCACAAACCUAUCACAGGAGCGUUUCUAUGCUGUGGAGAACAAGCAGGCUUCCAAAAACUCCUUUCAGCUGCCACCACUGUCUGCUUUCAGCCAGGCUGAUGCUGCACCUCCCAGACAGGUCCUGCAGCCCAAUUUUUCCCAUAACAACCCUAGAAUGGGGUCAUUAGAUAUGUGGAGACCGUGGUAAAGCGAGUUUUAAAAUGUUCAUCCUAACCUUAGACACUGUUACGUAUGUAUCUUAUAGAUAUGUUUCUUUAAAACACUUGUGGAGCAAGUCUGUUCCUGUAGGUGUACUAAAGACCAGGGUACUUCAAGCCGAAGUAAACCUAUGUGUAGCCUGCAUUGUAGAAGGCUGCUAUUAUUGUUUUAUUUAUUUAAUACAUCUAAAUUAUUGUAUAGAAUCCUCUUGUGCUCUUUAGUGUAUAUCAAUUAUACAGCUUGCUUACAUCUGUAAAAUAAUUAACUUCCUAUUAAUAAUGAUACAAUAAUAAAAGGCAACAAGCAAUAAGCCUCUCUGGCAUCAAGCUUACCUCUCGGGCCUCACAUAAGCCACUGAGAUCACUGUGUUGGAUGAAGGGGGACAUUGCCGAUGCCUUCUCCUUUUUAAUUUUACUGUUACCCCAGUGCAGCUGUAGGAGAUGCUGGUUCUGAUUCCUGUAAGAACACUGCUGUGAUUAGAAAUAGAGAAAGGAAGACACUUUGGACUGUUUAGGCUGUUUGGAAAUGCUCUCUGGAUUGCUUAGUCUGGCCAUGCUCUUCCCAAACCUGGACAUCCUGACGUGAUGGUUAAACUGGUGAGCUGCAUGUAUAUAUGUAUGUAACACAUAGUUAGAUUUAGGGAUUUUUUCUUUUGUCUACGUAACUGAAAGUUCUAAGUCAACUUUUGGAAGGUAACAACUGAUAUUUCUCCUAGCCUUGUCCUGUCUGCUCUGAAUAAACAGUUCUUGAGGA